UGAGCUGCAGAGCACCCCUGCAGAGGAUCCCGAGACAACACAUGCAUCUCCCAAGCCUCUGCCUCGGGGACCAUGAAGAUCUCUGCAGCUACCCUGACCGUCAUCCUCACUGCGGCCACCCUCUGCACCCCUGCACCUGCGUCCCCAUAUGGCUCGGACACCACUCCCUGCUGCUUUGCCUACCUCUCCCUCGCACUGCCUCGUGCCCAUGUCAAGGAGUAUUUUUACACCAGCAGCAAGUGCUCCAACCUUGCAGUCGUCUUUGUCACUCGAAGGAACCGUCAAGUGUGUGCCAACCCAGAGAAGAAGUGGGUUCAAGAAUACAUCAACUAUUUGGAGAUGAGUUAGAAUAAAGGGUUUCCUGAUCCUGAUCCUGUAUAACUUACCUGUCAUUGCUUGCUCUUGUCCUAACCAGCUUGGGGGGUGCCACUCAGCAACCCCCUACUCCCACUCAUUUCUGAGAGAAUGGGUAUCUCCGCUGUUCACAGGCUAUGCACAGCAACCCCAAGAAAUCAGCAUUCCAUUAAAAUUUCUGAUGCAAGGACAAA